AAGUAAAAUUAAUUAAUAUAAUAUGCCGGACGAUAGAUUUUCUAGAAAGGGCAAGAAAGUUCUUCACCGGAACCGGCCGCCGGUCUUUAGCGUUUUACAAGACAAAAAAAUGUCGAAUAAAAUUUUCGACCCGGUUAUUUUUGGAUACGCAUUGUCGAAUAUCUGGCACUGGCCCAGCACUGAGCUGCGACAUUGCCAACGUCAACAGAGGUUAGUGUCCUAAAAAAAACUGUUGAACGCGCGGCCGGCUCUGUGAUGAACGGUGGCACACCUCCGUAGGGCUCCAAAUAGUUUUCCGAGAUCGGUUCCAACCAAGAAGGAUCCGAUGGUUCGAUAUCUGUUUACGCGUUGCCAUAGCAACGGCAGUCUUCGCAUGUCGUUACGGUACGUAGAUAAUGGAGUAAAAUAAUUUCGGCUGUAACCCUAAGCAGAUCAAUAAAAGGAGGCUAAAUCAAACGGAUCACGCGAUGGCUGAGUCUAAGACGCAGCUGAAAAAUUCUAAAACGAAUAAUGAGAACCCAGAAAUUGAUAUUUCGAACAGUUCUCUUGAUGCCGAACCAGUUGAGGAUAAUGAGGAAACUGGCAGUGAACAAAUCGGACAAAAUGUAGCCACAGCAGCUGUAACGAUAGAUCGAGACGAAUACUUGCAAGCUCAUAGAGACUUGGCCGUGGAACGCAGUCAGCAACUAUUGAAAAACAAUAUACUGCAUCGACGAUUGGCUGAGUAUUAUAAAAAACGUAAACUGGAUCAUGUUUUAAAACAACUAGACGGAGCUGCAGAUUUGGAGGAAAAGUACCAACAAAAGCUAUUUUCGUUUGAAGAACUUAAAGAAAAGUCGGAAAGAGAAAUAGCGGAUAUCAAAGCAAAAGUCCAAACUGUACAGCUGCAAUACGCGGAUCGUUUAGAACAAGCCGAAAAAAAAUUUGACGAAUUGGAGAACUACGAGAAGAAUACAGGAACAGGCCUAAUUUAUUCAAAAAAGGGCAAACCCAUUGCUGACAAGACAGUUCAGAGGUUUUUAACGCUUCAAAGACGCAAAUGCGAGCAGUCCUCAGCACUAUGCCUCCGUUAUAUUCGUGCGAGAAACGCUGUGGCUGAACUUGAAGCUAUAGUAAGAAAACUCGAGAUGCUCGGGCCCGGCUUAUACGUGGCUCAAUACGAACAAUUGGACAUCGACCAUCAAAAUUAUAUGACAAAAAUCGAAGAAAGAGAAGACGAACUCAUAAGGAAUCGGAGUAAAUGCACUGAGCAUAAUCAGAUUUUAGCUCAUAUUAGAGAGAAAAUGCAUCACACGGAUGACGUUAUCGAUUUUGCAGAAUGCGAUCUCGGCGAUGCUGAAAUUGAAUUUUUACGCGCCAGAGAAGAUCUUGGUCAGGUCAAAAAUAGACGCGAUAAAAUACGAUGGUCUCUAGAAGCGGAGAGAUUGAAAGCAGGCUUACUGACGAGAAAAGAUCUUUUGAGAGAUUACCAGGACGCGACAGAUCAGGUGCUGCAAUUGAAACAGCAAAAAGCGAACCUUGAAACCUUAAUAGCUGACACGAAUAAAGAAUUGAGAAAAGCUCGUAGUCGAAUUCGCAUUCAGCAUUCGUCUGUUACGGAUAUAUCCAGAUUAAAGCGCAUGGAUAAGCAACCGGACAUAAAUAACAAAACAAUUUAGAAAGAGGCAAUACAGGAACUUAAUUACUAGUAAAUUAAAGCUACAGUUCAACUUCAAGCUACUACUUAUUCUUGCUUCGGUUUCCUCAAUACUGAGGGUCGUGACCACCUCCUCGCAACAAGAGUUUAUUACGGACCAUUCCACGCCAUUUGCCUUUAUCUGCCGCCGAGUGUAGAGCAUCAGUCAGGUCAGUCCAACGUGUCGGGCCUCUAC